AUGGUACCGGCUGGACGCCAGGUGUAUAUCGAGACGGCAACCGGCCGCAAAAGCUGGAACCCGCCCGUGCUGCAGCCUCGACGCCCUUCUGCACAGCGCAUGGCACACCAGCCUGGCCAUGCGCGCAUGUCGAUGCCUGUAGCGGGCGUGCAAGGCGGUGCAACAUCGCCGUCCAUGGCACGGCCUUCUCCGCGCCUCGCACGCGCGCCUAGCAUCGGCGCAAUCGGUCACGCGGCAAGGCCGUCGAUGGCACGACCGCCGAUGCCGGCGCAGCAGCGUGCCGCGAGCGGCCCCGGCGCCGCGCCGCGCAAUGCAAGUAUUUCGCCCGGCAUGCAAGUGCCGCCGGUGCCGCGGCCUGCCGCGCGCCCGCCCACAACGAUGGCAUCGCCGCCAUCUGCACCACCAACCUCAGCGCCGAUUCGCCCGACGGCGCCGCGCCCCCGCCCUGCCUCGCGACCACUGUCAAGCGUAGGCCCUUUGCCUGGCAUGCCCUCAUCUGCACCGGAAGAUGCGCCUUCAGGCGCACGUCGCGCGCCGCCCAGCGCUGCAGCUUCGCGUCGUCGCGCCUACCCAACGGCGCACCUAACCGCAAAUAGUGUCAGCUACGCGGGCCAGUACAAUGCCACACAGCCUCCCGCGACGCCCGGCUCUGACGCCGUGUUUACGCCCGCCACGAUGGGCCACAGCCCCAUGCGCAGCGUCUCCGGCCAGCUCCAAGGCACUCGCACGCCCACAAAGCCACGCGUGGCUUCUAUGGCUAUGCCAGAUACGGUGCAGGCGCAGCCAGCACCCGCUGCUGACGCUUCUGGUCUUGCGGCGCAAAUGCAAUCGAUGGCGGUCAGCGCUGCGCCUGGCACGCGCCAGGCCAACCAGCUGUACAAUACCGUGCUUGGCGCACAGCCUGUCAACAUGACUGAGCUCGACCAGCCGCCACCGCCCAUCCAGCUGGCGCCGGGCGCAUGUCUCUCGGGCGAUGUACAAGCUAAUGCAGACCCCACGUACCAGCGCAGCACGCUGAAUGCAAUUCCUACCACGAGCUCGAUGCUCAACAAGUCCAAGCUUCCUCUUGCCAUUGUACUCACGCCCAUGCGCAGUGUACGAUCUGACUUGGGCGACACGCCCGUCCCUGUUGUGAGCGACUCGGUAAUUGCACGUUGCCGUCGCUGCCGUACCUACAUCAACCCUUUUGUUACCUUUGUCGAGGGCGGUCACCGAUGGCGCUGCUGCAUGUGCAACAUCACCAACGAGGUACCUCAGCUAUUUGACUGGAACCAGGAGACGAACCAGCCCGCAGACCGCUGGAAACGCGCGGAGCUCAACUCGUCCAUUGUCGAGUUUAUCGCGCCGCGAGAGUACAUGGUGCGACCGCCGCAGCCCCCUGUCUACGUUUUCCUUAUUGAUGUGGGUCAUGCCGCCGUCCAGUGUGGCAUGGUUGAUAUUGCGGCCAAGACCAUCCUCGCAAACCUCGACCGCAUUCCCAACCGCGACAAGCGCACCAAGAUGGCGGUGAUUGGCUUCGAUACGCACCUGCACUUUUUCAAGGUCACGCCCCACUCGCCCGAGCCGACGAUGAUGGUCGUGAGCGAUGUGCUCGACGUGUUUUUGCCCCAGCCCAACGACUUGCUCGUGAAUUUGAGCGAGGAAAGAUCGGGCUUGGAGUCCCUUCUUUUCAACCUUGGCAGCAUGUUUACACAUACCACCGCAGCAGGCAGUGCACUUGGCCCUGCACUGCAAGCAGCGCACAAACUCAUCGCCGCGCCCGGCGGCAAGGUGGAGGUGUUCACCGCAUCCCUCGCAUCCAUGGGCGCCGGCGCGUUGAAAAUGCGCGACGACCGCAAACUGUACGGCGGCCCCCGCGAAAGCAGUUUGCUCACGCCCGGCUCGCCAUUUUACAAAACCUUCCCGAUCGACUGUUCGCGCAGCCAGGUCUCGGUGGAUCUUUGGGUGUUUGACAAGUCCUACACAGACAUUGCAACGCUUACCUGCUUGCCCCGCUACACUGCGGGCCAGACUUUUUAUUACCCCGAAUUUAACGCGGCGCGGCCUGCGAUCGCUGCGCGCUUUGCACACGAGCUUGGCGAGGUGCUCGCCGCGCCGAUCAGCUUCGAAGCUGUCUUGCGUCUUCGUGCCACGCGCGGGAUUCGUCCCGUGUCUUUUCACGGCAACUUUUUUGUGCGCAGCUCGGACUUGCUGGCGCUGCCGAGCGUCUCGCCGGACCAGAGCUACGUAAUUGAGUGCGAGAUCGAAGAGACACUAAGCGCGCCCAUGGUUGUGUUCCAAAGCGUCGUGCUGCACAGCACUUCGGACGGGGAGCGCCGCAUUCGCGUCACUACGCUGGCACUGCCGACCACGUCGAGUUUGUCGGAAGUAUAUGCGAGCGCUGAUCCGCUCGCCAUCGCCGCCGUGUGGGCAAACAAGGCCGUGGAAAAAAGCUUGCACGCGCGUCUCGACGAUGCGCGUUCAAUGCUUCGUGCGCGCCUUGCCGAAAUUCUUUCGGGCUAUCGCGCAACGAUGACGAAUGCGCGGGGCGGCGGCCAGCUGCACCUUAAUGUCCCGCACAAUCUCGAGACGCUGCCGCUGCUCGCACUUGGUGUGUUGCGCACGAGCGCGCUGCGCCUCUCUACACAGCUCUCGCCUGACCAACGUGCAUACAGCAAUACGCUGCUCACGACGCUACCAAUGGAGCGCCUCGGGCCCUACCUUGUGCCCUGCUUCUACUCUCUGCACAAUAUGCCGCCCGAGGCAGGCAAGCUGGAUCCAGCCACCCAACUGCUGGUCAUGCCGCCGCGCCAGAAUCUAAGCAGCGAGCGGGUGGAGCGCCACGGUCUUUACUUGAUCGAUAACGGGAUGGAUAUUGUCUUGUGGCUCGGUCGUUCGGCCGUCCCACAGCUUACCGUGGACGUGUUUGGCGCGCCGGACUAUGCAAGUAUGCAGUCGGGCGCAAUUGCCUUGCCUGCGCUUGACAAUGACAUGUCGAAGCGCGUGCAUGCGAUUGUGCAGCACAUUCAAAGCGCGCGUCACGGCGUGUAUUUGCCCACCGUGUACCUUGUCAAGGAGGACGGCGAUGCAGCCAUGCGUCUCGCGGCGCUCGGACUGCUUGUCGAGGACCGCUUCGAGCAAACGGCUGGCUACCAGCAGUUUCUUACGCAGCUGCGCGACAAGGUGAACGGUACAUAG